AUGACUGAUAUUAUAAAUAAGCAUCACAUACUGGAGAGAGAUUUGGCAAGGUUUGCAACAUCGGGAAGAACUGUUGUUCCAAGCCACUCGGCGGCUGAAUAUGACCCAUUUUGUCCAGCAUGGUUGAGAGCUGCUGAGAACCAACCAGAGACAACCUCACCCGACACACAAGCCGCUUCGAAUAAGCCCACAAGGUCUAGAUCUCGUAAACAGAAACAUGCACCUGGUGCUUUACACUUGGAGAUAUCCCUACCUACGUCAAAUCCCGAUUUCAACAAUGUACCAACGUCCUCAACAUCAUCAUUACAACGAAAUCAGAGUAUGCUGAAACGCAAGCCCGAAAAGUUGACAUUCAAGCCUACACAGUUUCCCUUGUCGGUGUACGAAAGACAAAGGAGUUGUGGACAAACCUCGGAAAGUCCAAUGCCUAACUUCAAGCCACCUCAACUACUGCAAAAGAGUGACCAAGUCUACAAGAAAGUGAGUUCUCCUAUGCGUACGGAAUUUUUCAACCACGAAUUGACAAAUGACGUCAAAUUUCAGUAUCAACAACAGAUUAUUGAGUUUCUCAAUUACACCAUUGGCAAGUAUAAGCAAUUGGAGAAGUAUGUUGACGCUAGCAAAUUGGAGUGGAAUGAAACUAGUGAAAAAAGCUUGGUUUUGUCGAAUCUCAUGAGGAUUAAAGAGGGGUUCAAGGAUAUGAUCCUUCGUAUAAUGAAGCAGUUGAGUAAAGAAUCUGGUAUAAUUGACCACAAGGAAGUUUGUGAGUCUGAAUUGAUCAAUUGUAAUGUGUUUCAAUUUGUAUACAACUGUUCAAUUGAAGUGGUUAAUUUUGGUGAUUUAAUCAACAAUCUGGGCCUAUUCAACAAUGUUUUUAAAUUCAGUUUGUUGAGCUAUUAUUACAAGUUGGAUUUUGUUCUUGCACAAGCAGUGCAUCAUCGUGGCCAUUUGGCCAUUGCCAUGGAGGUAUGGCACAAGUUGCCCACUUUCAUCAAAUGCAUCAAGGAUCAGUUGGCAAAGUUGAACAAUCACAAUAUGAAAUUGGGAGUCAACAAUGUAGUCAAGAGAAAUUAUCAAGAUUUGGAAAUAUGUUUAGUAAAGUUGAGCUCAGUGACUUCAAAAUUUGCCACUGUUGACAAUUUGAAACGCAAUUAUCCCAUAUUAAAAUGGACAGAUUUGGUCAGAGUGGAUGAACUAUUAAAGGUCAAAGUGCCUGAAUAUUAUCCACAACACAAUUUGACGCAGUUGCAAUUUGUUGAUUUCAGUAGUCGACCAUUGAGCACAGCUGUUGAUACAAGUAUUGUGAACGGUCUCCAUUCAAACUACAAAUUGGAUGUCAAAGCGACCGGGACAAAGAAGGAAACUGAUUUCAAAGGCAAACAGGAUGAGACUGAGUCGAAACCUUCAAGACUGAAGCUGACAUUGUCCAGAGGUAUCUCAAUCAAACGUUCCUUGUCAGCCAUGGUGAAACGCAGUGUUUCCACAACGUCAAACUCAGACAAGAAUAAAACCAACAAGUUGCAUACCCUUACCGAUAUCUUAACACAACUGCCUGACAACGGGCCUAAACGACAGCCUUCGAGAUCACUGUCAAAACAGCCACAGAUAUCAAGGUCGCAAACCACAAAGUCCAGAAAUCCAUCACCAUUAACAAAAUCGACUCAACAAGAGGAUGUUCUUCUACAAGUAACCACCCCACCAAGACGAAACCAAUCUUUGAAUCUACACAAAAGCGAGCAAAGGUUGGAUUUGGUUGAUGAAGAUGCACUGCCAAGCCUGACGCAACCUCCACCAGCACGGUCUCCGAGUAAGAAGGACAUUCAACUAAUGCUUAAAAACAGACCACUUCCCACAGCGCCCGAGAACACACCGCAACGAGAGAAUAAAAGGCAAGAAGGAGCAAAAGGAGAACAGCUACAGCAACCGCAACAGUUACAGCUACAGCAACAGCAAUCUUUGCCCAAUUCUCAAAUGGCAAAUUAUGUAACCUGUCUUGUGCAGUUGCGCAAGAAAUUGAAAGCACUCGGCCCACAAUUGAUUGAGUUUCUUGAAAUUCAGUUGAAAUAUUGCCGAUUGUGGCAGAAGUUCCUUGGAGACGACGUAGAUGGCAAUGAUGGUGAUGGUGCAGCACAAAUCAAUCACCACAGCCAGAACAAAGAUGACCAUUACAUCAAGUCCAUUUACCAAUCAUUUCAUGAAAAACUUCUCCAUCAAAUCAACUUUACGCAACAUACAAUCGUGCGUCAUAUAAACUCCAAAUUGAUUAUGCCCAUUGACGAAUGUUUACAAAUGUACAAUGGUCGUCGCACAUUAACUGACUUGCUGUAUAUCCAUCAGUUUAUGGAGUUGAUCGUACGACAGUAUAAUAAAUUGUACUGUGAAUGGCUUGAAGGCUUGAUUGGGGCUCAGUCCAUUGCUGAGUAUCAACAGUUGUGUGACCGUAUGAUAGGGUGCCCCGGAAUGAAAAAGGGCGAUGAUAUUGUUGAGUAUUACGAGCAAUUGACAAAGUUGAAGAAUUUAGUUGUGUGA